AUGGCUCACGAGGACGAGAAUAAGAAAGCUUGGGAGAAGGGCGGCGCAAAGUACAGCAGCAAAGCAUACAGCGAGUACUUCGAUCCUUGUCAGGAAGCCGCCGACAGAUCUUUGAGAUGCCUAAGGAGAAAUGGUGGUGACAAGACUCUUUGCUCAGAUUACUUCGAAGCAUACCGUGAGUGUAAGAAGCAAUGGAUGGCAGAGAUGAAGGAGGAGAAGAGAAAGCAAGGCAGAUGGUGGUAA